GAGCGCGAGGGAGCGAGUGGGCUUCAGCAAUGGCGCUCAACAGGGAUAUGCACCCCCGCAACCGCUACAAGGACAGACCGCCUGACUUCGCAUUGCUGGCCAGCAGAAACCCCGAAUUCAAGAAGCACGUGCAGACAGACCUCUCUGGCCGUGUGCGGCUGAACUUCAAGGAGCCGGAAGCUGUGCGUGCACUUACCUGCGCCCUCCUGCAGGAGGAUUUUGGACUGAGCAUCGAAAUCCCUCUGGAGCGCCUCAUCCCAACGCUGCCUCUCCGCCUCAACUAUAUCCACUGGGUGGAGGAUCUGCUGGGCAGCAGCUCGGGCAGAGACCCCGAGAAAACCGUGCAUGGCAUUGACAUCGGCACGGGCGCCUCGUGCAUCUACCCACUGCUUGGCGCCACCAUGAACGGUUGGCACUUCCUGGCCACCGAGGUGGACAACGUGUGCUUCACCUAUGCCACCCAGAACGUGGCGAGAAAUGCUCUGCAGGGGCUCGUGCGCGUCAUGAAGGUGCCGCAGAAGACGCUGCUGGUGGAGGCGCUAAACGAAGAUCCGGAGUUGGCGUACGACUUUUGCGUGUGCAACCCGCCAUUCUUUGCCAACCAGCAGGAGGCCCAUGGCAUCAACUCUCGCAACUCUCACCGGCCACCACCCAGCUCGGUGAACACCGGCGGCGCCACGGAGAUCAUGGCCGAGGGAGGCGAGUUGGAGUUCGUUCGCAAGAUCAUCCACGACAGCCUGCAGCUGCAGAAGAGAAUCCGGUGGUACACGUGCAUGCUGGGUAAAAAGUGCAGUCUGGCACCGUUGAAGGAGGAGCUACGGAGAUGCGGGGUGCCGCGAAUAACCACCACCACGUUCUGCCAAGGUCGCACUAUGCGCUGGGCCCUCGCCUGGAGCUUCCACCACAACCUCGCCGUGCCGUCGCCCCCUGUCAAGCGGCGGAAGCUGGACAAUCAGAAAAAGCCGAUCACGUUCUUCGUUGCCGCCGCUGGCGCCGCCGCCGGCGACACGGGGGAGCAGCUGCCCUCUCGCGACGUGCCGCGCCCCAGUCCGGUGGAGCGAGUCGCCGUGCAUCUUGAGACGCUCCUCGCCGACUUGAAGGUGCAACACAGGCGUGUGCCGUGCAGGACGGGUGAAGUCAGCCUCAUGCUCACGGCUCCAGAGAACACGUGGAUCCACUUGCGUCGCAAACGCCGGCAGUCGCUGCAGACCACCGAUGCGCCAGAACCCCUCGAGAGCUGCUCCACGCAGACCCCGACACUCAAACAAGACGGCCACUCGCCUGCAAAACACAGCAGUUCCAACGAAUCUGAUCCAACAGCUCCCUCGUCAACACCACCACCACCACAGCUGUCGUCGGCACAGCAGCCAGACCAGGACGAGCAGAGCAGCGGUCAGGGGUCCUCAAGGGAUGAUGGGAUGGAGCCGCACAAGAAUGGGAAAUGCACGGCUGCUUGCAAGCUCACGGAGGCCAAUGAACCAAGGGAAGCAGGGCGCGUCGCCGCAAGUGGCGACGCGGCGGAUUUGAGCGUCGGCGGAAGUGGGCAGCCGCUCGCGAAGGAGCCGCAGGGAACGACGCCAGGUGGAUUCGUGCUCAAAUGCCAGGUGGUUGUGCGGGAUGAGUGCAGGAUGACGCCUGCGGGCGGUGGCGGCGGCGGCGGCCAUGGCCGUAGUGGCGACGUGGCGGUUGAUAUGUACUGGAUAGACGGGCAACAUCGUGAACUGCUUAACCAGCUGUCGUGCACUCUUCGCAACAAAAUGCUCCGGCUAGGAGGGCAGCAGGCAUUGUAAGGUGGCCUGCAACACCAUCUCCACGUGUGGACUGUCCACCACCACCCAUUAUCAUCCGUUAACCCCCCCACCCACACACACCUGCUCUCGACAUGAAGCAAACUAUAUACCAGCAUUUUUGCACGGGUCCCAUUAUGGGUAAAGUAUUUGAAGUCAUUCUCUUUGUAGGAGCCUUCAAGACAUAAUUUUGCAGCAUGAUUUCAAAAUAAAUUGAAGCAAAACACGAAUUAUAAUCUACUGAAACAAUUUUAAUAGUGAAGUUAAUGCUGGUGAUGAAAGUUAAUAUUUUAGUUAAUCGGCUGUAAUAAAUUACAUAUUCCCCAAAGCUAAAAGUAAAUUUUUAAAAAGAGGCAUGUUGGAGCUUGUCAUGUAUGGAGGCAGAGAGUGUCCGUACCUUAGCAAAAAUAUUAGUACAGACGGCCGAUAGAUUUUUUUCCGUUACUUUCCUAUCCAUGCACAUUGAAUCUAAACGCACACAGGCAUCGCAUCCACCUGUCUGCCGGUGACCUGCAGGUCAUCCUUACAGUGAAACAAAAUGUCAGAAAAGAAACAAACCAGACUGGACAGCAUGUUUGUGUGCCAUGGCAUGUGUGUGCCAUGCCAUGUGUGUGCCAUGUUGGGGUAGCAUAGUGGCUUGUGUCCUCACUAUUGUAGGGCCAGUUUUCAUGCAAUCGGACGAUACAGUUUAUUUUACCUGUUAAUGUCUGUAGAUGCCAGCAUCUCCUUGGACGGUGGAUGUUUGGAGACUUAAUUUGCAAUUUUAAUUCACAAUUGGCGAAGCGAUGUCAAACCUACAUCAAAAAAGAUGUUUUACUUGCAAAUACACCUCAACAAAUGAUCAUCUUCCCUUAACACAACUGUAGUUGCCAAAGGGUGCCGUGGUUUUUUCACGAGUGGUAAUUCUCCGUUUGCAUCUCACUUGUCGAAUUUUAAAAAAAUUCUGGUGUUGUCGGAAUGUAGUUAGAGGAGGAGGAGGAAGAGGGGGGCAUUUACUUCAAGGACUACAGUAAGCGGGGAGUCUCCUUAUCAAGGUGAAGGCACAGGAAAGGAUUUGAGACGUCUCGCACACGGUCCAGGCGUGAAGCUGCUUAACGCCAAAUCUCGAGGAGAUUGCAUUAAGCAAAGUCCGCAGCCUCUUCGAUGCCGCGGUUAAUAUUUCUGAUGUAAGGCUCAAGCCCAGGAAACACGAGAGACCACUUUGUCUUGUCCAACCAAAUAUGACAUUGGCUUCAGGCACCAGAACAAGAUGAUGACCUCCCUUUAGUCAGAAUGCGUUUUGUUUAUUCUGAUGUCACCAGACCUUCCUGGCUCGUUGUGUGAAGUGUAUCGACAGCUUGGGUUGAAUGAGACUUUUUUUUUUCUUGUAAACUUCAAAUAAUAAAACCAAUAUCAUCGGAACUAGGCCUUCGCAACAAAAGGGAUCAUUUUUAAGACAAAUAAUUCAUGUACUUACCCUUGUUAAGGCAUUGUUCUUUUGAUGGACAAUGCAGUUGCACAUUCCAGACAUGGGCCUUGAAACCCGACGCCGUGCUUGACUUGGUUACCCAAUGUAACAGAUCACGCAGGUAAAGGAACCUACAUUAUUAUUGGCUGCAUCGACCCGACAUCUAUUCUAAUAUUUGCCACCUGCCUGAUGUCUCUUGGUCCUUAGUUUUAAACUGCGAAGUGGCCUCAUGUCCCCGAGAGAGGCCAAUUGCCCCCACGGUCAGUCACCCUGAUGGCCUCGCCUACUGCCACUCGGCAUCUGAUUCGUGUGAGGAUUUUUUUUUUUUUGCUCGGCCAGGUCGUGGCAGAGUGAGUGGUGGCUUGGCCACAUUUAGCUUUGCGUUUCUAUGAAGCCAGUGUUCGAACAAGCAAAAAUGUUAAACCGUUUGUUACGCGACCUUUACAAAAUGUUAAUUAUGCUUCGUUUAUUCAUACAGUGGUCACCGACAAGCACUGAUCAUCGCCUGUAGAACACCAUUCCAGUGCCGGGCACUUGGAGAAUUUUGCCAAUGCGGGGGGGGGGGGGGGUCGAGUUCCUCGUCUAUAAAGACUAAUUAAGUUGAUAUUAAAUGCGCCUUUUGUACGUCGUGCUAGGCAUCACCGCCCCACACUCUCCCCCUGGCACAUCUCUGCUCCAUGCCCUCACCUGGGCAAUCCACGCGCACGCACCAAUACCACCAGCCGCCAUUCGCUGUUAAGUGACGGUGACGUCACCACGGCGCCCGUGCCAGGCCGGGUGCACUUUAAGGCCACGUGACGUGUCGAAGGCUCGCUGACAGGAGGAGGUCACGGGACAGACCCAUGUGCCAUGGGUUGGCCGACUGAGAUGACCAGAAGAUGCAUCAGCCGUACCCCUCUACUGUGCCAGCUUUUGCUGCAUUUUACCUGCCCGGCGCUCCGCUCCUUGUGAGCGUCGCUCCUCUGCCCUCAGUUGUUGCUGCUGGAGGUUGCUGGAGGGCGACUGCCUCCCAACCGCUCAGCAGCGUCCUUCACGAGCCUCCCACACACAAACCGAUCACCACCCCCACGAGCCCCCCACGGCACAACCCUCAAAGCAUCGCCGCCUCCACCGCUGUCUCUCUCCCACCUAAAACGUCCCCCCCCCGUGUGUGGUGUGGGGGGAUCUGACCGUGCUUGUUGUUGGUUUUCCAUUGACGCUUUUACCCCUCGCGUUCUGCCCCCCCCCCCCCCACCGAACCUCGUCCGAUCGUACGCUUUUACCCCUUUUAAAUGAAAUGCAAAUGUAAGCAUGCAUUGGCUAAGUUUCCCGAGUUCUGGCCACUGAAAUGGUGUCUUCAUUGAUGGGGGAGCGUGUAUCGUCAAGUGACCAUUACGCAUGCAAGAUUAAAAAUCAACUUUUAUUUGUUAUUAAUGCUUUUGCUACGGACGUAUUUAGAAUGUGAAUGUUCAGUCAAGCGGACAUCCGUUUUACUGUUAUGACUGAAUUUAGCAUUUGGUCUAUUGAGUGUUCAACGUUCAUUAUGAUCUGUUACCUCUUGAAAAUGUGUUUUUUUUAGCAGAAACAUUGACGGGUGCGCAACCCUGCACUCAAACACAUUCGCCGUGUGUCUGCUCAUCAAAGGCAAUAUCUACCCCCAGGAUGUGUCAGUGGGAGAGUGUGGUGUUGGGGCUAGAGGGCUACCUGCUGCUGCUGAGAGUGGAUUGUCAACUCUCAGCCUUUCACCCAGAGCCAAGCCCGCUCAUGAUUAUCAAAACUAUCAUUGGACGUGUUACACACGCACACGCAUGUGUGUGUGUGUGUCUUGGCUUGCGCACUCCGGACACGAUGCAGUAUUUUUACGGAGAGCUCCACGUACACCUACGUUGGAGGUGCACGAGGACUGUGCUCUCAAAAUCCUGGCAUUGUUAUCAUCGGGUGAAACUUUAACACACUUUAAAAACGUUUUAUGCACCAUUUAUAAAAAGUAAUUUUGUAUUUGCGCUCGUUUUGUUUUUGUGUUUAGCCGAAUGCUAAUGCAGUGGCGUCAACGGCAAAUUACCCACGAUGCAUCGGUGUCCGUCUCACCGCUCACCAAGUUGCAUGUGUUGACGCUUCUUUUGACGUGAAAACGUAACGAGUGAAACGAGAAGAACGGAUUGUGAGCAAGAGAUCCCCCCCCCCAUCCCAAUGAUGUGUGAACAGCCCUCGCCAUAUCGCUCAUCCCCGUCGAGGAAAGUUCAUUGUCGUUCAGAUGCUCGGUUGUCACACACUACGUUAAAUACUCUUUGGUUUUUUCGGUAAAGUCACGUAGGUAAAUUUCGAUUUAAAGCUUUCGUGACUGCAGGGAUUCAUCUUCUUGGUUCUUUCGGUAAAGUCCCGUAGAAGGGAAAUAAUAAAAUAAUAAAAAUAAAACAAUGAAAUAAUUCUCACGACGUUUCGGCCACAACGCAAGCAGCCGUCCUCUACGUAACUUCACGUAGGUAAAACAAUAAAAUAAAAUAAAUGAAAACAACUAAA